GUUUUCGCACCAAUUUUACGGGGUUGGUUCGGUUUCGUUUUCCAGUUUAAGAUAGGUUUUUCCCACCACUAUAUAUUACGGCACUAUUAGCACAGUUUAAACUGCUUCUGCAGAUAGGUUUUUCUCACAGUUUAAACUAUUAGCACAGUUUAAGAUAGUUUUUUCCCACCACUCUCAUUACCAGAUAUGGGUAAUCUGAUACAAAAAGACGCCGUUCCCAGUUCUGGAAUUGGAUUCGAUUCUCUAUCUGCUUCUGCUUCUACUGAGGAAAAUGCAAUUAAAUCCGAGAGAAAGCCCCAAGAUAAAAAUGAUGAUGCUCCUAACUUCAGAACUGAUUUUGUUUCUCCUACCGUUUCUCCUACUAUUGAGGAAUAUUCAAGUACAGCCAUUAGCAAAGUCCAAGAAAAAGAAGAUGAUGUUCCUAACUUAGGAUUGGGUUUAGAUUCCCCUAUUCCUCCUCCUCUUCCGCCUCUUGAGGAAAAUUCAACCACUGCAGAGAAAACUCUCCAAGAAAAAAAUGACAAUGUUCUUAACUCCGGACUCAAGUUUGAUUCUCCUACUGCUUCUCCUCUUCCAGCCAAACAAGUACUCUGCACAUGAGCACUGUCGUGGUGGUAUGGUUGAUGAUCAAUGUGGAGAUGGUUUUGUCUCAGAGGAAGAACAUCUAUUCACUUCGGAUGGUCUAAAGUUUAUGCUGCCUGGAGAAGUUGCAAAUAUUUUAUAUCCCCAUCAGCGUGAUGGUUUGAAGUGGCUUUGGUCUGUCCACUCCAAAGGGAAGGGGGGCAUUUUGGCUGAUGAUAUGGGUCUGGGCAAGACAAUGCAGAUAUGUGUCUUUCUAGCCGGGCUGUUUCAUUCCAAUAUGAUUAGGAGGGUAAUGGUUGUUGCUCCAAAAACGUUAAUGCCCCAUUGGAUCAAGGAAUUAACUGCUGUGGGGCUAUCAGGGAAAAUUAGAGAAUAUUAUGGGACUAGCAUGAAGGCUCGGGACUAUGAACUCCGUCAUAUACUAGAUGAUAAAGGUGUGCUUCUCACAACUUAUGACAUUGCAAGAAACGAUGUUAAAUCUUUGUGCGGAGAUUAUUAUCGCUGUGGUGAUCAAAGUGAGGAAGAGGUUAUGUGGGAUUAUAUGAUUCUUGAUGAGGGGCAUAUGAUAAAAAAUCCCAGCACACAGAGAGCAAAAAGCUUACAUGAGAUACCUUCUGCUCACCGUAUCAUUAUUAGUGGGACGCCACUUCAAAACAAUCUAAAGGAGCUCUGGGCUUUAUUCAACUUCUGCUGUCCUGGGUUGCUUGGUGAUAAGAAAUGGUUCAAAGAAAAAUACGAGCAUUUUAUUCUUUGUGGAAAUGAAAAGAAUGCAUCAAACAGGAAAAAGCGUAUCAGUUCACAAGUGGCAAAGGAGUUACGAGAGUGUAUACAACCUUACUUUUUGCGGCGCCUUAAAAGUGACGUAUUUAUAAAUGAUACCUCAACUGGCAUAAAGCUUUCAAAGAAAAACGAGAUGUGUGUGUGGCUAAAAUUAACUAGUUGCCAGCGUCAACUGUACGUUGCUUUUCUAAAAAGUGAGAUUGUGCUUUCAGCAUGUGAUAGCUCACCAUUGGCAGCACUAACGAUUUUAAAAAAAAUCUGUGACCAUCCUCUUUUAUUGACCAAAAAAGCUGCUGAAGAAGUUUUAGAAGGGAUGGAACUGAUCUCAUUGCCUAGCAGAGAGGAUCAAGCUAUGGCUGAAAGAUUGGCAACGCAACUGGCAAAAGCAGCUAAGAAAUUAGACUUGGAGGAUAAUCACAAUAUUUCUUGCAAGAUUAAUUUCAUUAUGCAGUUGCUGGAAUUUCUAAUUCCAAAUGGACACCAUGUUCUCAUUUUCUCACAAACACGAAAGAUGCUUGAUCUGAUUCAGGCCUCUUUAAUGUCUGUUGAUCUGAAGUUCUUGCGUAUUGAUGGGACAACUAAAUCUGCUGACAGAUUGAAAAUAGUUAAUAACUUUCAAGAGGGACAUGGUGCUCCUAUCUUCCUUUUAACUUCUCAAGUUGGUGGUUUGGGACUUACACUAACUAAAGCUGAUCGUGUAAUUGUGGUUGACCCUGCAUGGAAUCCGAGUACCGACAAUCAGAGUGUUGAUCGAGCUUAUCGCAUUGGGCAAAAGAAGGAUGUAGUUGUGUAUAGAUUGAUGACCUGUGGUACUGUUGAGGAGAAGAUCUAUAGAAAGCAGGUAUUCAAGGGGGGUUUGUUUAAAACUGCAACAGAGCAUAAAGAACAAAUACGCUACUUUAGUAGACGGGAUCUACAGGAACUUUUUAGCAUCCCGAAACAGGGGUUUGACGUCUCUUUGACUCAACAACAGUUGUAUGAAGAGCACGAUCACCACCAUGAAGUGAUAGGGUCUCUAAAAGCUGAAAUGGAGUUUCUGGGUGCUAUGGAUAUAGGGGGAGUGAGUCAACACAGUCUUCUGUUUUCAAAAACAGCCCCUCUACCAGUAGAUCAGGAUGAUGAGGAUGUCAGCCGCAGGAAUCUCCAUAGAGCUAGAAGAUGGCAGCGAUUUUUUAUUCCUUUCAGUGAGCGGCAUGCUCAGGGAACCCAGUCUAUUCAUAAUUGGCGGAACAAAUGUGCUUGGCGGAGUCCAAUCGUGGAACCUGAAGCACAUCUCUUGCCAUAUUUGGCAUCACUUUUUCGAUCAAAAUUAAAGAUCUCCAAGUUAAAGUGACAUUCAAUCUUGUAACUUUGCAAGUGUUCUUAAAUCUUAAUUCAAUUGACACUCUGUUUAAUAACCUUAUUUGGAACAUGAUCGUAUUACUUUUUUUGUCAAACUUGGUGUGGUUUAGUUUUUAUUACCAUAUUAUUUGAUUUGUUUCCACUAGC